AGCCGGGCCUGCAGCAGGCGGCGGCGGCGACGGCGGCGGCGGCGGCACCUGCGAGCGGAGGCAGAGGCUGGGCAUGGUGGUACCCACCGCACUGUGAGAGCCGAGCGGCCGCGGGGACCGCCAUGCGCCGGCGGCCCUGACAUGGGCGCCAGCGGCUCCAAAGCUCGGGGCCUUUGGCCCUUCACCUCGGCAGCGGGGGGCGGCGGCCCGGAGGCGGCGGGCACCGAGCAAGCUUUGGUGCGGCCUCGAUCCCGUGCGGUGCCACCCUUCGUAUUCACGCGCCGCGGUUCCAUGUUCUAUGAUGAAGAUGGAGAUCUGGCUCAUGAAUUCUAUGAGGAGACAAUCAUCACCAAGAACGGGCAGAAGCGGGCCAAGCUGAGGAGGGUACAUAAGAAUCUGAUUCCUCAGGGCAUCGUGAAGCUGGACCCUCCCCACAUUCAUGUGGACUUCCCUGUGAUCCUCUAUGAGGUGUGAGCCUGGGGGUGGCAGACACAAGUACUCCCUGCCCCUGCAAGUAACUCAAGUGUGACUUCCGCUGAGGAGUCCAGCCUGUGGCCACAACCCUGAAUAGACUCCAAUGGCCCAGAUCCUUCAGCUGUAAGCAGGGCAAGUCCCUUGGUGUUAAUCAGGCAAUGGUUGGUUUAUGGGCGAGAGGUGGUCGGUGGCUGGUGAAGCGAAUGGCAAAGUUUCCAGACCACCCUCCCCAACCACCCCUGCAAGAGGCAUGGCAGGCCAUAUGCCAGUCAAGAGUGCCUGGUUCCAGGCUCCUUGCCUGGCCUGCUUUCUUCCAAGCUUGCCUAGGGCCCAGCCCUGCUAGAAGCUACAGCACUUUACAAGCAAAGUCUGCCUUCUUCCAGCCCCUGGGCUGUGGGGGCUGAACACAUGUGUGAACUUCCUUCCCUCAUUUCCCUUACCCCCUAGUUGGAGCAUUUCAGCCGUUUGCUACCUCGAUUCUUCCUUUAUUGGACAGAGGUGGGGGCAGCACCAGCCUGAUUCUUCCUGCCUACCUGCCAUUUGUUCCCACUCUGGGAUGGACAGUUUACUAACUGUUAUUAGGAAUGGAUACUGGUGUUGGAGGUUUCUUCCUUCAAGCAGGGCUAGGCGGAUCCCUCCCCGCUGCAACUAGUUUUGCCCUCCUCCCCAGACGUAAGGGUGCGAGCCAGGGUCGGGACAGGUUAUACCUGUGGGACGGUGUCCCAAGCCCCCGUUCUGUCUAAUCUCCCUUGCCUUUACCCUGUGCGAGAGGGACUGACUGUCCAGUGGUGAACAACAAGUAGAGCUGGUGCCAGUAUGAGUAUCCCACCACUUAUUCCCCUAAAAUAUCUUCACCCCAUUAGAGUCACUCAAGGGAAAGUACUGGAGCCCCUUGGUAGGGGGCAAGAAGGAGGGAAAGACCGUAAAAGGAAUACUUAAAAUGUGAAGGUUUGUAAAUAAUCUAGUCCACGAUGAUGUUGGGGCAGAGUCUCAUUUCUAUGUAGAGAUGACUUUUUUUUUUUAAUUCUUUAUUGUGCAAGCAUUGUGCUUCUGGAGUAUGGGAAACGGCUUGGGGUGGGUGACACCCCCCCCACCAGCUUAGGAAGACUGUGGUUGUUUGUUCAAUUUCAAUAAAAUUAUUUGUAGACCCUGCA